AUCCUGCUGGGGGCGGUGGUGCGAGAGGUCUGGUCCCUCCUCUGAUAUCGCCGGCCUCUCCAGCUGGGAGGGAGGGCGGGGAGUCUCAGGAAAUGUCCCUGGGAGGUCUGAUAAGAGGAAGGAAGGCAGAAGCGGGGUAGCUGAGCCUCCCUCACCUACAAAGGAGCCAGAGAGAGGACGGGCCUGCUGGAGGCGGCUCUUCAGGCUGAGAGGGUCCCAGCCCAGAGCCUCACUCACCAUGCUGCUCUGCCUCCCUCUGCUUCUCCUGACGGGGUUGCUUGCCUGCACUGUGGCAGGUGACAAGGAACUGGCACUCGGUGGCACCAAAGCAGGGUCUUUGGUAGCCGUGACCCUGGAGGAAGGUGCUGUCCCCAGCAUUCAGCUCCAGCUGCAGGAGGUGAAGAGGGACCAAGCCAGCCAGUUCUUUCCGCUGAUGGGGAAGUAGGCGCGAGGAGCAGCCACGACACUCAGCCACACGAGGACAAUGGGGAGUACCCGCAAUUCCACUGAGGACCCAGCUCAGGCACUGAGCCCCACAGAGCCCUUCCCACCUCACCCAGCCCCCAGGGGAGCCGUGCAGCCCUUAUUCCUUCUCCCCUUUUUUCCAGGAAUUCCUCCUACCCAGCCAAAGA